AUGAGCAACAAGUUCGCUCCCUUCGACAGGGUCGACCUCACGUACAAAGUCAUCAAUACCCAAUCUCUCAAUUCAUCGAUCCUGAUUCCAAAGUCACUCCAAGGUAAACUAAGCGGCGAGUACCCGGUUCUAGUCUAUUGGCAUGGCGGUGGAUUCAUCAUCGGAGACCGCAUGUACGAAGGCUGGUUUGCGCCAUGGAUGCUGGAUCUAUGCCUCUCCAAAGACUCAAUCAUCAUUUCCCCCGACUACAGGCUCAUCCCCGAGUCCAACGCCGCGGAUAUCCUUUCCGAUGUUGAAGCCUUCUGGAUCUGGCUCCGCAAUACCCUCCCGACAGAAAGCUCCACCUGGCACGCUCGCCCGGACCUUUCUCGGGUCGCAUGCGCAGGGACUUCAGCAGGUGGCUAUCUCGCGGUGCAAUCAUCGCUUCUUUUCCCGCAGCUCUCGCAAAUAAGAGUCUUGCUGUCGAUCGCGGGCUCCCUCUACACCGAUAUCCCGCAUUAUAAAGUCCCUGGACCAAAACUGAUCCUAGGGAAGAGGCCGCCGCCACCACGAAAGGCCGAGAUCAUUAUACGAGAAUAUACGAGGAAUAUGAAAGAGGGGGUGAUUAGGACGAGUGGCGAUGCGGUUGAGAUGUGGGAAUUCUUGACGUGUGUCUUGCAGCAGGCCUACUUGCCUAGAUGGUUGGGGUUGAAGGCAGAUGACAAGCUUGAUGUGAUGAAGAUGAUAGAGAAGGUUGAUUCUUUGCCCCCCAUCUGGCUUGUUCAGGGAGGGGAGGACUCUGUGGUUCCAUCGGUGUGUGCUACAGGGUUUGCGGAUCGACUAAAGGUGACCUUGCCUGAAGUACCGGUUUUGUUAAGUCUUCAGAAGGGAGAUCAUGGAUUCGAAGUCAUGCAUACUGCGGAAGAUGACUGGGUUAAAGAAGGACUGGAAUUUAUCAGAAAACAUUGGCCAUGA